UCAUCCUCUCAACCCUCUAAAAUUUCCAUCUAUCUUCCUUCUCCUUGAGUUGCAUUUGAAAGUGAAUAAUGGGUUCCCAUUAUUUUGCACAAGCCCUAGCUAUGGUGCUAGUUGCUUCAAUGCUGGCAGUCGGCUUAGCCAACAAGGAUUGGCAACAUGGCAACUACACUGGUUGGGGAUUCAACCAUGACCCAUAUCACCUCAACGAGACCAAAGGACCUAACAAAAUCACAGUUGGUGGCUCAGAAAACUGGCAUUACGGAUUUGACUACAAACAAUGGGCUUGGAAGAAUGGCCCAUUUUACAUCAAUGACACUCUAGUUUUCAAGUAUGAUCCUCCAAAUGACACCACACGUCCUCAUAGCGUGUACUUGUUCCAAAACCCUUGGAGCUUCAUGAAGUGUGAUUUAAGCCAAGCCAAGAUGGUGGGAAAACCGACACAAGGAGGUGGAAAAGGCUUUGAGUUUGUGCUCAAGAGUUGGCAGCCUUACUACUUCGCUUGCGGCGAGCACGAUGGCCUCCAUUGUAAGGACGGACUGAUGAGGUUUGCCGUCUUCCCAAUGUUUCCCCUGGCAAUGGUGCUAAUUGCUUCAAUGCUGGCAGUCGGCUUAGCCAAUAAGGAUUGGCAACAUGGCAACUACACUGGUUGGGGUUUCAACCAUGGCCUCAACGAGACCAAAGGACCCAACAAAAUCACUGUUGGUGGCUCAGAAAACUGGCAUUACGGAUUUGACUACAAACAAUGGGCUUGGAAGAAUGGCCCAUUUUACAUCAAUGACACUCUAGUUUUCAAGUAUGAUCCACCAAACGACACCACACGUCCUCAUAGCGUGUACUUGUUCCAAAACCCUUGGAGCUUCAUGAAGUGUGAUUUAAGCCAAGCCAAGAUGGUGGGAAAACCGACACAAGGAGGCGGAGAAGGCUUUGAGUUUGUGCUCAAGAGGUGGCAGCCUUACUACUUCGCUUGCGGCGAGCACAACGGCCUCCAUUGUAAGGACGGACUGAUGAGGUUCGCCGUCUUCCCAAUGUUUCGCGGCUGGCAUUACUGA